GCAGGAACAAUUCGUUAGUGGCGGUCGGUGAAAACCAAUCUAAAAGUUUAGACUCGCCAAUGAGGAUUUCUUAAUACUCGUAUACGUUUUUUUACCUCCCGUUGGCAAAAUGACGACAUUACGAAGCAUCAGAUUAUUUGUGAUUCGACAUCGUUCGCUCUUGCUAUCCACAGUGUCAAUUGGUUUAAUUUUAAUAAUUGCAUGGCCAUCGACGGACAGUCGACAUAAUUCCAAACAGACGAAGAAAAAGGUUCUUUAUAAUUUGAUGGAAGAAACAAAGGGUAUGCCAAAACACGUCAAAGAUUGCACUAUCGAAUACGCAAACGCGCAUAAACUUCAGCAAGAUCAUCCUUGUCUACUCGAUAUUAUUCGUCGCCAGCAUCUUAACAAACCGUCACCAUCGGAUGUGCCUCUGUUUUUGGAUUACCCCAAUGUGAAAGAUCCAUCUGCAGGUCAAGUGACGGCAGUUCUACGAUUACUAAGAAAUCUGACAAACGGGUUCUUUAUUGAGAGUGGUGCCGCCGAUGGCGAAUCUUUCUCCAAUACUCUAUUUUUGGAACGAGAAAUGAACUGGACUGGACUGCUUGUCGAACCCGAACCAAAAUCGUUCCAAAAUUUGGUCAAACGAAAUCGCAAAUCUUGGACACUUCAAAAUUGUCUAAGUCUCGAAAAAUACCCAACUGAAGUCUCAUUCGAUAAAACUGAGAUCACCGGGAAAAUCAUUGGCAGUAAAGUGUCACAGUCUGAACUGGAUAACGGAAAAUUGGCAAAUGUCCAAUGUUUUCCACUGUACUCUAUACUGCUGGCCCACGGACAAAAUUGGGUGGAUUUUUUCAGCCUCGAUGUGGAAGGACAUGAACUCCAAGUGCUCAAAACUAUUCCGUGGCACAAAGUCAAUAUCACCUUGAUAGCCGUUGAAUGGGAACACGUUGAGGAAGGUUACUACGCAAUCGUCGAUUACAUGAAGGAACAAGGCUAUGUUAAUUUUGGGAGAAUCGCUACUCCCUAUGCAAGAGAUGUAGUAUUCAUCAAAGAUUUUCUCGAUGACUUGAGAUUUGACUACGUUGACUACGAUGAUGAAUAGGCCUUAGGCCUAUAAAAAUCAGCAAAUAAAAAAAGACAUGCUAAUUAGGUUUCUGAAAAUAUUGUAAGAAAGCAAGCCUUGAAAUCAUAAGUUAAAUAAGCCAUUAUUUCAUUUUAUCAUGUCUGCUAUUUGCUUUAUUUCUAAAGGACCUUCUGACCACAAAUUGCGGAUCAAUACAUCUGAAUCAACUAUUAUAUCUGCUGAUGAUGUAGAAUGUUUUUAUUUUUUACUUUUCACCAGUGAUAAUAUUUUACCAUACCGAGACAUUAUUUAGCUACUUUAUUUAUUGGUUACCACAAAAAAAGGCUUCGUAUGGAACAGAAUCCUUUUGGGGAAAUUUAAUUAAUAAUUUGAAUAAUAUCCCUGCGAUAAACAUUUCUCAUUAGGUUCAACAAAUAACUUUUAUUUCCAUUACAUGCAGAUGUGUCGUAUCAAAUUUGUGUUGUUCCUCUCAAUAUUCAGCUAGAACAAAUCAACUAUGUGUUAAAAUACAUUAUAUUAAAACAAAAAAUACAUAAACUGAAUUAAAGCACAAACGCUGUAGCAGCCUGCCCAACCCUUCACCCUAUAGUUCCCUUAUCUCCCUUAUUCCCCUUCUGUCCUACAUUACCUGGAACUCCAGUACUGCCUGUUGAACCAACGUCGCCUUUCGAUCCCUUUGGACCAACGUCACCUUUCGAUC